AUGGGCCCCCGUACCGACUCCUCAUGCUGCUGCCAGGCCCGUAAUCUGUCAUGGGCCCCUGUACCGCCUCCUCAUGCUGCUGCCAGGCCCGUAAUCUGCCAUGGGCCCCCGUACCGACUCCUCAUGCUGCUGCCAGGCCCGUAAUCUGUCAUGGGCCCCUGUACCGCCUCCACAUGCUGCUGCCAGGUCCAGAGUGUGUCAUGGGUCCCUGUACGGCCUCCCAUUGCUGCUGUCUCCAUCGCCACACUCUGCCAUGUGCCACUUUCAGGUCUCCUCACACUGCUGGUGGGUUCCAUUUUGUCAUAGGGUGCUGGCAGAUUACGGGCCUCCCAUUGCUGCUGCCAGGCCCGUAAUCUGCCAUGGGCCCCCGUACCAACUUCCUCAUGCUGCUGCCA